ACAGCAAUUCCAAUAUGCUUCAGAGGCGAAGAGCAAGACUGUUCAGUUCAUGAAUUUAAGAAGUGCGGGAACUCUGAAUGACAGAGGAGGAUAACAGAAGCAGUCUCACAAGUGCUGUAAGCCUUACGUAAUGGCUACAAAGGUGCUUUAAGACUCUCUGAAGAAGAAGGUAAUUGUAUGUAUUAGUUCAUAAGCACACUUUAAAUAACGUCUAAUUACCAGGCUGUAAUUCAAGUUGAGAAGUCAAAUGCCAUAUGUGGACAUGGCAUGUGGUAAUGAUGUUUCUAACCUGCUUAUAGCUACAGCAAGUUUCUUACAGUCAAGUGACAUACGCUUCUGAACAGGAGGUGCUUGUCUCUUCAUAAAGUUUGAAACUAAGUAAUUCUUGCACAAAGUCCUUUUAUGAAAAUGCCUGGUUUUGAAAUCUAACUCUCUCCUCUUAGUAAACAGAGGUCAGUAUAUCUGAGGAAAAAAGUACAUACUCCUCAGUUAAGAGAUCUCUACUACCAAAAUUUCAAAAUUCCACCUCCAUUUGUAAGGUGGAUAGUUACCUACAUUACCUAAAAAAAAAAAGAAACCACCUACUUUUUUUAUAUGCUCAUUUCAUGGUUACUGUUUCCUCCAAGGUCAUGGUAUGUUUUUAUUAUAGGGAAAAUAAUGUGUUCUACAGAUUUCUCCUAACUAUGGACUUGUAUGUCAUUUGUAGCUCUUUAGAUGAGACCACUUACGAAAAACUGGCUGAAGAGACACUGGACUCCUUAGCAGAUUUCUUUGAGGACCUGACAGAUAAGCCUUUUACCCCAGAAGAUUACGACGUCUCUUUAGGGAGUGGAGUUCUAACAGUUAAAUUAGGUGGAGACAUGGGAACAUACGUAAUCAAUAAGCAAACACCAAACCGUCAGAUUUGGCUGUCCUCACCCACUAGUGGGCCCAAGCGCUAUGACUGGACUGGACGGAAUUGGGUGUAUUCUCAUGACAGAGUAUCCCUUCAUGAACUACUAUCAAAAGAACUUUCAACAGCGUUAAAAACUAAGUUGGAUUUGUCCUGCUUAAUGUAUUCUGGGAAAGAAGAUACUUGAUGAUAUUCUGCCUCAUGGAAUUUAAAGACUUUAACCACAAGCCAAGCCCUUCCUUAUUUUCUGAAGUACCUGAGCUUAAUUCUUUUGUUGUUUUUCUUGACAUCACUAUGUUGUGCAACAAAAAUGAAAAUAAUACAUAUUUCUCUAGUGCUCAGUCUUCGGGCUUCUGUGUCACUGCUUCAGUCCCUCUCCAUGUAGUACAGGUGGAUGAGGUUGCCCUUCAUGUCACUGCAUUUCUUACUUUCUCAGUGCAGAAGUAAGUCUUGAAUUCUUACUGUCUAUAGUCUUGUUUGGAUGUAAGGACUGACCCACCUGGUGACUUCUGAGCAGCACACAAAUACUAAACUUUUGGUGAGACAUUCACCCAAAAGAAGAAAUGCCUGUGAAUUGUAUUGACAUAAGUUGUGGUACUGUGAAUGCAUUGCAAGUGAAUAACACAUCACAGUCAUAUUGAACAUGUCAGAAACAAAAUGAGUGUCACAGUAGAAACUUUCCAUUUUGUGUAAUGCAUGUAAAAGAAGAGCUUUUCUCUUGGUACUGCUGAAUUUUCUCUAUUCUCCAAAUUCUAGUUUCUUUAGCAUUAGGUUUUAUGAAAGAUUAGGUUUUUGAUGGGGUUUUGGAGUUUCUAUUUUUUUAAGCUAAACUUUAAAUUACUUAGAGGUCUGUAUGGUUGUAAGCAUCAUAUGGAACUGUAAAGGCUGGUAUGUCAAGUUUAAGCUGUGCAGCAGUAUCUCAGCAAAUUCAUUCUGUGAAUGUGCAAACUGUGGAUUUCUCUUUCUGUUCCCUUUUGUUCUUCAGAGAGUAAAAAUACAUACUUUUUAGUCAGGUAAAAUUAAGAUUCACAGUAGCAAAAAUUUGCACUACUUUUGUUCUGCAUUUCUUAAGGUUAAGAUGAGAUUAUACUUUUUCACCAUGAUACAGCCAGGCUUCCCUCAGUACCAUGCUGAUCCAGAAACUUUUGCCUUUUUGCUUCUUGUAAUCAAAUAUGGUAUUUCGACUGAUGAUGUGUUUUUCAAGCUGCUAAAAAAUAAGGAUGAAAUAGAUUAUAUACUUACGAUCUUAAACCAAAAAGCUUUACAAGAAAUUAUGAACUGCAAGAAGAACACUUCAAUGCUUGCACUGUUGGAUUAUUACCACUUGUGGGUUUUAAUUGCCUGUAAAAUGGACACACAAAGUUGUUGACCAAUUCUUGAGGAAACAGUUAUACCAUACUCUUAUAAAUUGUUUAUCUGUAUGAAAAGUUAUUCAGUGCAAAGUAUUUUUCUUCUUGGUUCUUCUGAUGCUUGUGGGUAGUUUGGCAUGACUCUCUGGCUAGCUAGAAUUAUUACAGAUGUGAUUAGUUUUGUCAUUGAAAAUAGCUAUACAGCUAUUGUUGCCCAGUAUUUGCAUUUAAAAUAUAAGCAUUGUUACCUGCUAUUUCCCACCAUUAAAAUAGAGUAACAUUUCACUGAAAGCAGCUCUUGGUUAAUUGUGCAUGCUGUUUGCCUGUUUUUCAAUCAGAAUAAAAAAAUAUGGCAAUUACCUGAAAUUUCAACUCUACUGGAUGAGGUAAAUACAAUGACUACCAACUCAUGUGAGUAUAAGAACAAAAGGUUUUUUGGUUUGGUUUGGUUUGGUUUGGUUUGGUUUUUUAACAAAGGAAAGCAAAAAAUAGAACAUCUUUUUACUGCUUUGAACUUAGAACACUGAAAAUAAUUUACAACAUAUGGAAAACAAUAGUACUUAGCUCAAUCUCCUCAGAGUUCAAAUAGCUAUUUAAACACAUUUGCAUAAAUGUUAAUGACUUGAUACUUGAAUCAGGACUACUUUCUCCUGGUUCUUCCUUUGCCUCAUCAUGUACAGCUUGUGUAAUUAUUUUUCUGAUUGACUUUUCAAAAAAAUAUGAAGUAAUUUGCAUGCAAAAUACUAACACUCAUCUGAGUCAUAUUUGGACUUCAUUCUCCAUUCCUUUACCUCUUGUGCAAAUGUUUAUACCAAGAUAAAGCUGCAUGUAGAAUUCUUCAUUCAUUAUGUAAAGGUGUGAUUUCAGGCCAUGAUGAUAAAGCUGAAGACCGCAGCCAUGCAUAUUGUUUUGAAUUCUUUGUGUUUCUUGAAACACUUACUGGAAAGAUUCUGUUCAAAAUUUGGCCAGUUAGGGUGGAUUUUAUAAGAGUGCUUCAGCUUUCACAUUUGACGUGCCCUGCACUUCAUCCAUAAUGCUACUGCUAUUUGUGCAAUUUCCUGCUUUUAGGUAUCGGAAUAACAAAUGGAUUUAAUCUAACUGGUAAAGAUAAAUAGUGUCAGCAAGUUCAAUGAGUUUUAUCUCGGUAUACAUAAUGAAUCAUAGGACAUGACUCAUUUUUUGCUCUAAUACUUGCAUCAAACUGCAAGUUAAGGGCAAGGACUCUGUCAGCCAUGAUGCUCCUGCAGAGAGACUCAGGAUGAGCUCUAAUCCUAAUGUCAGACUUGCCCCAAGACAAGUAGCUGUUCCAUACUAUUUUCUACUAACAUAAUUUACUUGAAUACUCAGAUUGUUUGUGGUUACAGGCCUGACAUCACAUCAAUAGUUUCUUUUUUCACCUCUCCCAGAAGAAAUAGCUGUAUUAAAAUCACUUGAUACACUCUAUGGACAGUAUUGGCAGGAACCAGCCAGUUCGUACUGGGGCUGGCACCAUUUUUCCCAGAAGACAGUUACACCAUCUUUGGUGAAGGAAAACAUACAAAGUGCUUUUGAAAGACAGGAUUGGCAUUUGUAGCUGUAUUGGAUGCUCAGACUCAGCAGAGAAAGUGGAGUGUGUUGGGUUUUUCUGGGUAUAUCAAGAGUUUUCACCAAUAGCCAGUCACUCGUUCUGAUGAUUGUGGUCUUCUGGCCUACAGUCUGAAAGUCGUAGCAUGUCUAACCUUGCUAAAAUUCUUUGUUUCAUGUGUACCAGUGAUUUCUUUGGAAGUCUUGGUUGAUUCAGGUAGUCAAGUUAAGCUUGCAGCAACCACUCACAGUCUGUAUUGCUCACAAAGUACAACAUUUGUUUGACAGGAGUUAUGUGCCUAAAUGCUCAUCUGGUGUUUCUUGGUUCAUUUUCCUUUCCACUUGCGCUUUCCACUUUCCUUUCCAUUCGCUUUCCACUUGUGCUUUCCACUUUCUUAACUCUUAAGAAACCUUACCUCUUCCUUGCAAGACUGUUCCAUGUGAUAAAAUCAUCCUGUCUUAUUCCUUAAAAUUCCCAAAGUCUUUUAGCAACUUCAAUAAAUAGGAUAAAGGCCUGUCCUGAAGACGUGGUAGACAAAUAAGGGAAGGGGGAUUUGCAGGGAGCUUUGUGUUUGAUUGCUUUUAGCUCCUGGUUAAUGGUUGAACUCUGAUUGUGCUAACAACCUGGAAUGUGUGGGAGUCCUGGGAAGGAAGGCGGAGGCUUGCCAAAAUACCUGGAAGAACAUUCAAAAUAGAAAAGGAAGCAUGGGAGGGGCAGAAGCAAAGGCUAUCAGGAAGAGAUUAACUUUGCCCAACGGCUGCUUUUGGCAGGGCAAGGAGAGAUGGGGCAAGCAGCAUCAUGUGUGGCCCCUCAGGAGAUGGUAUUUUAAAUUUACUGUACACCGCUAUUUAUAAUUGUGACCAAUCAAACAUACUUCAGUCCAUUUUGCUAUUCAUAUUACUUUUCUUUAAACUCCUGUUUAAAGAUAAGAAAAAGUCAUGUUUGAGUUACGUCCCCCUCUGUCCCAAAUUGUCGCUUAUGUAAACUGUACUGUUGGCAGUCAUAGAAUAGAGACAAGGUUCAUGACCUCUGCCAAAGGAGAGGCUGUUUUGCUGGGGAUAGAAUACAGAGAGCUAAGGACAAUUAAAGUUUUUUAAACAGUUACUAAUUACAAACAUUUUUUGGAGUUCAGGUUAAGGAAGGAGAUGCAUUUAGAUAAGGAAACAAUAAAUGUUUAAAACAAGGCAUGUAAUUGUUGCUGCUGCCUUCUCCAAUUUGCUAAAUUGUUCUAAAAACCAUUUGUGCCAUGGUAAGUAUGCUAUGUGAUCAGCAUUACAGUGAUUAAUUUUGUAAGCAUUGGUAGUUUCAAGAUGUAGGCUCUUCUGCUAGCCAUCAAUGUUAUCUACUGUCCUACUAAAAAAAUCAGGAAUAUAUUAAAUGUCAAUAGUAUCACUCCACAGCAUUUUAGAAACCAUUAACCAGGCACUGUAAGGCCACUGUUGCAAAAGUAACUUCAGAAAAACAUUUAGAGAACUAAGAGAUAAAGUUUUUAAACACUCAGUAAGGAAACAUACACCCAGCACAGUGUCAGCUGAGUGAUCUGACACACACCUGGAAGUAAGGCUGAAUUUCCACUCCUUAUGCCUUGGUUCUGCCUGAAUGCAAUAUUCUAUUACGUGCUGAUGACUGAGCCUGUCUGUAGCUGGCAGAAAAUGACAAGUUACCUCCUCAGUUUUGCUGUUUGGAACUUUUAGGCUGCAGUUGUCACUUGAAGACUACAGUAUGCCAUGCACAGGCAUGUUAAUUAUUAACUAUUGCUACAAGGAGACUUUUUCAAUAAAACGUCUGAAUGUA